GUCUAAACAAUUUAUUUAAAUAAAUUCAGCUGCUGUCAGUGAUCCCAAUGCAUGCAUUCUCUCCCUGCCAAAAUUCUACAGGUACCAGCGAAAACCGCAUUCGAUUUCAUCCAAUGGAUCAGAAACUGAGCAAGCCAAAAUAAUUUCGUCAGUAUUUUGGACGAUUGCACGACUCCGAAAAUUUCAUUCGUGAUGGCCGCCCAUUAAGUAAAAACGUGUCCCGCUGCUGAAGACAAUUUCGGUCGAUUUUACCAGCAAAACUUAUUAAAUAUUGCUGAAAUUUUGGCAGUUGCUCCAGCAACGUACCGAGCGAAUUUUAUCAUCCAACGAUAAGGAACAGAAGGAGAGAGAGAUAGAGAGGAGAGAACAACAAGAAAGCAACAACGAAACGAAGAGCGGCACACGGCAACAACUGGAAAAGAAAAACAAAACAAUUUUCAAUAUAGAAAAAUGAUGAUGAACUGAAAUGUGCAAUUUUGAUGAACGUAAUUAUGCCAAUUCACAUACUUUUUUCGAUUUCAACGUGAAAAAUGUCGUCGACACAAUUGCUGCAUUCGUUGUCAUUGUUGUUGCUACCAUUGCGUUGUCGUCGUAAUUGCAAUCAGCUAAUCUCUCUGGCCAUCUUGCUGCUGUCGGCCCUGUCUGCACGUAUCGAGGAGUCCGGACAGCAGGAACAGCAGUCGGAGGAGGCGGAGCAGGAGGCGGCGGCGGCAGAGGCGGAGAAGGAGGAGAAGGAUAAGGAGGUGGACGAGGACGAUAACGAUACGCCCUAUACAGCAACAAAAGUUGCUCUCAAGCGGCGUUCAUUGAUCAUCAACCCGAUCCCCAAUCCACAUCCACAUUCACAUCAUCCAUACCCACACCCAAAUCUACAUCAAAAUCCACACCAAAUCCCAACAAGUGGCAGAACGUUUGCCAAGGGAACGGGCACAGGGGCUGCGUUAACCAGCUGGCACAGCAGCCACAGCCACCGCAGCCCCGGUGCUAAGUCGUCGGAGGAGGCGGAGGAGCAGCAUCAGGCCCGACUGUUGGCCAGCCGCAUCAUCGUACUGCAUCUAGCCUGUGCAUCCCUGCUGUUGCAUACGCUCGGGACUAGCAGCAUAUCUUCUCCCUCCAUAGCCAGGUUGGCAGAGAGAACAACCACAACCACAGCCACACCAAGAGCAGCAGGAGCAGCAACAACGAAGCGCUUAGCAGCUGCAGCAUUAACGCAUCGGAGUAAGAUCCUUGAGAGCGUCGUCAGCAGCAACAGCAGUAGCGGCAGCAGCAGCAGCACAAAUCCCUCAACGCCGGUGGCCGGUAGAGCCGUCAGCAGAAGGGUAACAGCUCCCGCAGCGGCAGCAGCAGGAGUAUCCAUAGCAACUUAAGCAGCCAAUUCCACUUAAUCAACCAUAAAACAGAAACAAAAACAAAAACAAAGCAUAUAAGAAAUAUACAAAACAGCAACAGCUAAAACGUUCCACAUACUCCAUAUACACCACUCACAUACAAACAAACCAACAAAAAGAACAACAAAAAGAAGUCAAAAUGUCGAAGCUAUCGUUCAGAGCACGCCAUCUGGAUCCGUCCAAGCAGAUGCCCAUCUACUUGGCCGAGGAGCUGCCCGAUCUGCCCGAGUAUUCAGCCAUAAAUCGUGCCGUGCCCCAAAUGCCCAGUGGCAUGGAGAAGGAGGAAGAGUCGGAACAUCAUCUGCAGCGGGCAAUCUGCACGGGCCUCAUCAUACCCACACCCGAGGUACUGCAGACGGACCAGCCCUUCUACGACACCUACUAUCCGCCGGACUACAAGAUGCCUCGCCAAAUGAUUCACAUGCAACCUCUUGGCCUGGACACUGAGGUGCCCGACUACGAUAUGGACAAGGCGGACAUGGAAUGGCUGAACCAGCAGGAGCGCCUCGAGCUGUCGGAGCUGAAGUUUGAGCAAUUGAUGGAUUUGCUGGAGAAGAGUUCGGGCCAAACGGUCGUCACCCUCAAUGAGGCCAAGUCUCUGCUCAAUCAGGAUGAUGAGACGAGCAUAUCCCUCUACGAUUACUGGCUCAACAAGCGCCUCAAGAUGCAACAUCCGCUGAUACUCACUGUGAAGACAGAGAGUCGUCCUGGUGCCAGCUCCAAUAAUCCGUAUUUGGCCUUUCGUCGGCGCACUGAGAAAAUGCAAACGCGCAAGAAUCGUAAGAACGAUGAGGCCUCCUACGAGAAGAUGCUCAAGCUGCGACGCGACCUGCAGCGCGCCACAACUAUACUGGAGAUGGUGCGGCGGCGCGAGGAGACGAAGCGCGAACAACUCAAGACGUCGGUGAAUAUCUUUGAGAAGCGCGUCGAGAUGCGCGACUUCAAUGGUGCUGUCUACUCCGAGCUGAAUGCUCAAUACAAGAGCACAAGACCCGCGUAUAAUUCCGUGUAUACGAAUCAAUACUCACAAGGGGCGGCGGCGGCGGUUGGAACGGGUGGCGCCAUUCUGGCUGCCCUGCCACCGGGUCUGCUGUCAACUGGAGGAGCAGCGGGCAAUGCGAAUGUGUAUGCCUCGCCGUCUCAGUACCUGAACACGUCGACAAUGGACACCAUCCACUCGGGCAGCGGCAACGGCAGCAGCAGUCGCAAGGAGAAGCGUCCGUACAAGAAGCGCAAGCACAAACUUCCCCGCGACAAGCAGCAGAAUCUGCAGCAUCAACAACUGCAACAGCAACAGCAGCAGCAGCAGCAAACUCAACAGUAUUUGCCGGGGCAGUCGUCGGGUUCUGGUGCAUCGCCUGCCCACCAUUUGCCACAUCAUCUGCACAACAGGCAGCAGAGUGCCUCGCCGGCGGCAAACGAUUCGAUACUCGACAGCGAGGAGGAUGACUAUCUCAAUGGUGGUCUCAAUGGCAACCAGCUGGGCUCCGAGAGCGAGGAUGAGGCACCGUUUGCAUUUAGACGGAAGCCAAGUUGUAUUUACCUGCCCACACGGCACCGAAAUGGCCGCUGGCCCUAUGACUCGGCAGAUGAGGAGACGGAAACGAGCAAAUCGGCGGGAGGGUAUUCGGAUCCCAAAUAUCGCUACACGCUGACCUCCAUCAACUAUCCCAGGCCGCGUUGCAUUGGCUUCGCCCGUCGUCGUGUGGGUCGUGGCGGAAGGAUACUCCUUGAUCGGGCCAUAACGAACUUUGACGAUGUCUGGUCGCAGCUGGAUUACACCGUCAUGGAGAGUGUCGUGAAGAACAGCAACGCCCAGAGGAGAAGCAACCAACUGAAGCCGGAGGGGCUGCUGCUGCCGCCGGUGGCCAAGCCCUGCUCCCCGCCCACUGUUGUGGAUCUUGUUGUUGUGCCCGCAGCCAAGCCCAUGGACGUCGAUGAGACGUCGUCGCUGCCGCUCGACAUUGUCAAAUCGGAGCCAAACAGUGAGCAAGCGGAUAAGCCCAUCGCCAGCAACAGGCCGGUGGGUGACUCCAUGCUGCUGCCCCUGCCGCAGGACAAAGAGGUGGACGAGGUGCUGGAGCUGGAGCCGGAUGGCGAGGAGGAUGAUCUGGCCACCGAUGACGAGAAUGUCGCGCGGCUGAGUUUCUACAGUUCGGCGGUGACGUUGUCGCAGAACUCGCACGACAUGCGCCUGAAACGGCGUCGCCUGCGCCACAAAAAGCAGCAGAUGCGUGAGCUCAAUGCGGCCAAGCGGCUGAAGAGAUCGUCGGAGGCAGCAGCAGCAGCUGGGGAGGAGGACUCCACCAGCACAGCCCAGCUGUGUCCUUUGCCCAGGGCGUAUCUGCAGCGUCUGGUGCUGGCCUUGGGGCAGAAACUCAAGCAGGACGAGCCGAUGGAAGUAUGCGAGAAUUUGGCGCCGCAGGAGGAGAAGAGCAGUGCGGCAGAGGAGCUGCCAGCUCCGCGAGCCAAUCAUCAGCAGCAGCAGCAGCACCACCACCACCACCGUUCCAACAACAACAACAACACCGUGUUGAACAACAACAACAACAGCAGUAGUAGCAGUAGUAGUAGUAAUAAUAUGAAUAAGGACGUUAGCAUAAGCGACAAAAUCAAUGUGAUAAAGCUGGAGGCAGAGGCGGAGGCGAACGAGAGCGUUGGGCGUGAGGAUCAGCCGGUGGCGAGCACCUCAGCGGCAGCGGCAGCAGCACGAGCCGUUGAAGCAGCCGCUGCAGCGGAAGCAGCAUCAUCAACAUCAUCGGCAGCUGGAGCAUGCAUGCUCGGACCUUCAGUGGAGGAUGUGGCCAAGACGAUAAAGCGUGAGCUCAUCGAUGCCGACGACUCCAACGAGCCGCUGAGCAGCAUACGCACGGCCACAGUACUCCAGGCCAGCUCGGCUCCCGAUCCCGAACUGAUGGACGAUGAGGCCGAGGACGAUGUGAAUCUCGCCCAGCUGAGCAACAUCAUCCGCCACACGGCUGUCAAGAAGGAGCUGGAGGCCCAGCAGCAGCAGCAGCAGCAACUGCAGCAGCAAGAGCAGAGGGUCUGUCCGCAGCAGGAGCUGAAGGAGGAGACAGUCUGCCUGAAUCAGCUGCCCGAUGUGAUUCGUUUGCAGAAUCUGCGCAACAGCCAAACGCACCCGAAGCCCAGGGACCUGUUUAUCGAUGCCCCGGCAGAGGAGCUGGACGUGGACUACCUGGGCGGACUCUCGCCCACCUCCAGUCAGCGUCUGGACAUUUGCAACGAACUCCUCUCCGAGAUCCGACGCGACUGGCUGCACUUUCGUCCCAAGACGCCUACGGACGAGCUCUCCGACAGCCACGAUGGCGUGGAUAAGCCCUGCAGCGAACCCUCUGGUCUCCAUGCGGUGGACUGGACCCAGGAUACGCCCAUCAGCAUAGAGUUGAAUCGUCUGGGCAAGCUGGAGGAGAUCGAGAGCGACAGCAGCUCGUAUUUCCUGAGCAAUGCCUUCAAGUACACGGACAUGGACUCGGAUGCGCAGCUCAUUCAGACGGCCUACGCCCAGGACUAUGCCCGAGGCAACAGCAAGAGUCCGAAUUGCUCGGGCUCCGGUUCCGGUUCGGGCUCCGCUCUGGAGUUCAACUUAAGCGCCGGCGAUUCGCUCACUGACAUCAACAAUCUGCUCGGCGACGAUGAGGAUGACAACCACGAGCACAUGCUGGACAACAUUCUGCAGGAGUGCGCCAUGGAUGAUCCCAAGGCGCUCAACCAGGCCACCAGCUUCUGGAACGGCAUCCUCGAUGGCGAGGCGGCUGUGGAUGAGGUCGAGAUUGCUGAUCAGCUGCUCGACUGCAUCGACGAAAAGAAGCCCAAGGUGGGUGGCGGAGAGUCGUCCAAGCGCGCUGGGCGCCCGCGCAAGCCGAGGCCAGCGAAUGUCCCGGUGGGCAGCUCCUCGUUUACGGUCUGUCCCACGCAGGAGUCACUGAAGGAUCGCGAGGUCUUCUUUAGCCAGGAAGUGGUGAAGCCCAAAGAGGAGCCACAGCCCCAGGCAGAGCCAGAGACGGGAUCCGUUCCAGUCACGACGCUCACAACGACAACGGCAGACACCCUCCUGGAGGCUGUGAAGGUGGAGACGGUGCUGGAGACACCGCAGCCGGAGGUGGUGGUAGCGCCAAUCGUUCAGCUACAGCCCACGCCACCGCCACAGUCGCAGUCGCAGUCAAUGCCGCAGCCAAUUGUGGCCACUCCCACGCCGCAGCUCAUCAAUAUACCCGCCCAGAUAACACCCCAAAAGCCGCAAAUGUCGCAAAUUCAGUCGCAGGUGCAAACGCAACAGCUGCAGCUGACAACCCAGACACAGACACAGGCGCAGGUCCAAACGCCGACAGGGCCACAGGUGACGCAGUUGCUGAAUCAGUUCGCCAAUGCCGGUCCACAGAUCAUUGCCAGAACGGAGUACGGCGGUGGAGCGGCCGUCGGGGACAUUGUGACGAUCACACCGCACACGGGCAGCAGUCCCCUGCCCACCCUCUCCGCCCAGCAGCAGCUGCAGCAUCAGCUGGCCCAAGCCCAGCUACGCAAUGUGACGGUGCAGCAGCGCCAGGGCACGCCCCAGCAAGUGCAGGUGCAGCAGCAGCAGCAACAACCCACCCAGCAGCUGCUCUUCCAGAUGCAGCGGGAUGGGAUCGGCUCGCCGGUAAUCACCACACAGAGCAUUGUCACCUCCUCGCGCUCCCUGACACCCCUCAACGCAGCCGGCGCUGGCGCCGCUGGCAAUCACAUGAUCUACACCACCGGCAGCGGCGAGAUUAUUACGGCAGCAGCCGCCGCAGCCUCGCAGAAGGUCACCUACGCCAUACAGAAGACAAGUGGCGGCGGCGGAGGAGCAACCACCACAUCGAUUGGACCCAACACCGUCAUCACUCUGUCCAAUGUGAAGCUGCAGAGCGACGAUAACUGCUCCGCGGGCGGCGUCAGCUCCAGCUCCGGUUCCAGUGUGAACAUCAUCAACACGGCCAGUGGCCAGCAGUUGGCCGUGCACAGCAUAGCCGGCAUGCAGCAACAGCAGCAGCAGCAGCAGCAGCAGGUGCACCACCAGAAGCUCAAGGCGGUGUCCGCGGCCAAUGCGCAGCAAGUGCAGCAGGGCGACAAGCGAGUCCUGUACACCAGCCUGCUGAAUGUGAAGCCGCUGCAGAAGAACAACAGCGGCCAGAUGCAGAUGCAGCUGGGGCCGGGCGGCCUGCAGCAGGUGCUGCGCGGUCGACUCAACAAUUCGGCCAUCAUCACGAGAACCCUGCCGCUGGGCACCACCGUCAACAGUUCGGGCGGUGGCGGAGCGGGCGGUACACCCACGACCAUCAGGCAACUGGUCAGCACCAAUGCGAACAAUGUGGGCUCCUCGGAUGGAGGAGCGCUGCUCAGUGCCAAGGACGUGGGCAAGAGUCUCACCGUGGAGCAGGUGAUAGCCAGUGCCAACAAUGGCGGCGUGGUGAUGCCCACAAGCAACAACAACAACAACAAUGGAGGGGGCACAGGCAGCGGCGGCAGUGGAGCAGCUGGAGGAGGAGUCAGUGGCGGUGUGACGGUGACGACAUCGAGCAAUGUUAAUGUCACCGGAGCCGGGGGAGCCGGAGUUACGUCCACCAUAAACAGAUGAGACGCGGAGAGCAGCAGCUAACAUCUAAUGCCAAAUGUUUACUCCGUCAGUCUGCCCGGCGGCACAUCGCUGGGACUGGGAAUGGGCCUGAGUUUGGCCCAGGAGCAGACCGAGUUCCUGCUGGCGCCGAUGAGCGCAGCGCAGAGUCCGCUGAUGGUGGCCCUGGGCCAACUCCUGCAGCCAUCCUGCUGCUGUGCCCUCUGUCUGGUCAAUCUGAGUGGCCAGUCGGCGGCGCAUCUGGGCUAAUGCUACUACUACAACUACAACUACAACAACGCCCUCUAAAUGUAUACAUAAUGUAGAUUAAAUGUAGAAUUCAUAUGCAUAAAACCCGCGCGCACACCCGCACACCUACACACACACACACAAGGACAAGAACAGUCGGCAGGAGGGGGAGGCACUCCACAGCCAAAAACGGGAAAGAGCCAAGCAGAAAGGGACGAUGGACGGAGCAGAGAUUGUAUAAACGAAAGCCACCAAUAACAAAGUUUUUCUUGCUUAAUUUGAUUUUAUUUAUAUAUAUGCAUAUGUAUAUGUAUAUAGAGGUAUAUAUAUACAUGUGUGUAUAUGUAGAGAGAGACAUGUGUGUGCAAAACGACGAUUUAGGUCUUAUUUUUCAAGAUCGCCUAACCCUAAACCAUAUUUAGAAUUACACAAAUAAAAGAAAACAAGAGAAUAUACUUACUAAAUAUGUAUGUACGAUGUAUGUACAAUGUAUGUAUGAAUGAUGUAUAUGCAUAUGUAAAGCAUAACUCGAGAACUUGUCUCUUUUCUGCUGGGCUGCAGAUGGUACCCCGCCACAGCCGCAGUCCUUUAUAGCCCGCUCCAUGUGUUAAAUAGCAAACUGUAAAUAUUCGAUUGUAAAACACAACACACACACACAAAACAAAAUGUAGCAGCAACAAGAAUUAAUAGUAAUUAUGAAACUAUAUAUUUAGUGAUACGAAUUAGUUGUAGGAACGAUGGAGAGGCCGCCGCCUCUCAGGCUCACGCCGUUUCAGAAUCACGCGCUUUAUCCGGGCUGCUGUUCGAUGUUGUGCUCCCCCGCCAGUCGCGGCAGCCCCCCCAACCGGGAGAAAACCCACAAGAUUAAAAACGAAAACACAUUUUUCAAUGUACGUAAAUUAAAUUAACUUAUCCUGUAGCCUAAAAAAAGAUAAGAACAGAAGAGAAGAGAAGAG